AUGGGUAAAGGAGCUCCAGCGGUAUACGCGCACCCCGUGAGCGAGAGCUCUUCAAGACCGAUCUCGGAAGCUGUGCAGUCGUUGAAGAGCAGGGAGUCUGUCGACGAAGGGAUACAAGAGGCGUUCGGACCUGCGCGAGAUGAAGAGAUUGGUUUUCACCAGCAUGGCGGACAUCAUGACGACGAGAAAGAAGAACGGGAUCCCGACCUUGUCGACUGGGAUGGACCUGACGAUCCUGCCAACCCAAUGAACUGGAGUCGAACCCGCAAGUGGUGGAUUUCCAUGCUUACGGCGUUCAUGACGUUCGUUAUCAGUUUUGGGAGUUCAGUAUUCUCGGCAACAUCGGAAAUCACUGCAGAAGAGUUUAGUGUAAGCAGCGAGGUCAUGAUCCUGGGAGUGACUUUAUACGUCGUAGGCUUUGCGUGCGGGUAAGUUCCACAGUCUCUCCAAAAAGUACGCACACGUCGCUGACCAAGUCACAGACCUCUGGUAUGGGGACCUCUCAGCGAAAUUUACGGCCGCCGAAACCCAAUGAUGAUCGGCUACUUUGGCUUCAUCAUCUUCCAAAUUCCCGUCGCAGUCGCUCAAAACAUCGAGACAAUCUUCGUCUGCCGCUUCCUCUGCGGCGCCCUUGGAUCAGCUCCUCUGGCUAUAUGUGCAGGCAUGUACGUCGACUACUGGGACGCCAAAGACCGCGGAAUUCCAACCAUUGGCUACGCAGGCGCCGUCUUCGCCGGACCAACCAUGGGCCCCAUCGUAGGCGAAUUCGUCGUCAAGAACACUUCCCUCGGCUGGCGCUGGACAAUCUGGUUCACCAUGAUCAUGGGCUCCUUCUUCUUCCUCCUCGCCCUCCCCUCCGUCCCCGAGACGCUUGCUCCAGUAAUCCUCCAACGCAAAGCCGCCCGCCUCCGAAUCCGAAACAAACACUGGGCCCUACACUCCAAACUCGACGAACAACCCGUGCACUUCAACGCCCUCCUCCGAAAAUACGCCCUCAAACCCAUCCAGAUGAUCUACCAAGAGCCCAUCCUCAUCGUAAUGACCAUCUACAUCUCCCUCGUCUACGGAAUCCUGUACCUCAUCUUUUUCGCCUUCCCCUACUCCUUCGAAUACGACCGCGCCUGGCCCUUUGGGAUCUCUUCCCUCCCCUUCAUCGCCAUCUUCGUCGGAGUCAUCAUCUCAUGCAUCUACAUGGCCUGGGAGACAACCACCAUCUUCCAACCGAAACUGCACCGCGCCAACGGGAAACUCAUCCCCGAGGAACGUCUGCCGCCCAUGAUCGUCGGUUCCGUCGUCAUCGUCAUCGGUCUGUUCUGGUUCGCCUGGACUUCCUAUCCUUCCUUGAAUCCGUGGCCGCAGAUCAUCUCCGGCGCUUUCAUCGGUGGAGGCAUCAUCAUGAUUUUCAUGCCCGCGGUCAUCUACCUGGUGGAUGUAUACCUCUUUGACGCGAAUAGUGCUUUGGCGGCAAAUGCGUUUGUGAGGAGUAUCGUCGCCGCGGCUUUCCCUCUCUUUUCCACGCAGAUGUACGAGAGUCUAGGGGUGCAGUGGGCAACGAGUCUGCUUGGAUUCCUGUGUCUGGCGUUGGUCCCGGCGCCGAUACUGUUCUACUUGUACGGGACGAAAAUCAGAGGGUGGAGUAAAUUUGCUUUUGUGUUGGAUGAGUAG